UCCAAGAUAUUGAAUUGCCAAACAAAUCUGCACUGAUUCAAUAUGUUGAUGAUUUGCUUGUUGCUAGCCGAACUCGGGAGGCCUGUGCAAUUGAUACAGAGCACCUUUGCAUUCGACUAUAUCAUAAGGGUCAUCGUGCCUCAUUAGCUAAGUUACAAUUCUGUGAACCAGAGGUAAAAUAUUUGGGCUUUGUUUUAGCAGGAGGAGUUCGAAAGAUUGAUCCCUACAGAAUCAACGCUAUUCUUCAAAUUACACCACCUGUUACUAAAAAACAAAUGAGAGCUUUCCUUGGCCAAGCUGGGUUCUGUCGACCAUGGAUUUUAGGGUUUAGCGAACUAGCUAGACCACUUAUUGAAACUACAAAGGACAAAGCUCCAGAGCCAAUUGUCUGGAUGCCAGAAUUGUCCGAUGCCUUCGCAUCUUUGAAGCAAGCCUUAGUCACAGCCCCAGCUUUAGGCCUGCCAAAUUACUCUAAACCUUUCACUUUGUAUGCUACCGAGAAGGGUGGCAUUGCAAAGGGGGUCCUAGUACAACCUCAUGGACCCUAUGAAAGACCUGUGGGUUAUUAUUCAGUUGCUCUUGACCCAGUUAUCAAAGGGUCGCCACAUUGCCUUAGAUCAGUAGCAGCAGCUGCGGAAUUAGUGGAAAAAGUUCGCCCACUUGUUCUGGGUCACAAAUUGAUUGUUGCCGUGCCUCAUGAAGUUGAACUUUUACUAACCCGAUAUGCUACCAAGUCUCUCUCACCGCAGCGCACACAUCGAUACGAAGCCAUCCUGUUACUGACUGAUAAUAUCUCUUUAAAACGGUCAAAACCCUUAAACCCAUCUACCCUUCUACCUGAGGUGCACCUUUCCAAUGACCCACACGACUGUGUGCAAUUCGUCACCACUUAUUCUAAAACCAGAGAAGAUUUGCAAGAUGUUCCUCUCGCCCACCCUGACCUUAACCUGUUCACAGACGGAUCAAGUUACUAUCUGCAUGGUAAGCAUUUUACUGGUUUUGCUGUUGCCACUGAAAAUCGCGUACUUUUUGCUGAACCUCUCUCUCCAGCACUUGGAGCACAAGCCGCAGAACUAAUUGCCUUGACUCAUGCUGCAACGUUUGCUAAAGGUCUCCGAGUUAAUAUCUAUACAGACUCUAAGUACGCUUUUGGCAUUUGUCAUUCUGUUGGCGCACUUUGGAAAGAAAGCGGUUUUUUGACCUCCGCCGGUCGUACUAUUGCUCAUGGACAAUUAAUUCAUGAUUUGCUGCUCGCUAUCCAGGAACCACGAGAAAUUGCUGUUAUUUACAUUCCUGCUCAUACUAAACGCCUUGAUUCUUUCGCUCAUGGCAACGCCUUGGCCGACUCUGCGGCGAGAGCGGCAGCAGUCCACGAUGCAUCUCCUGCUACAACUGUGGUUGCUACCCUUCUUCCUUUUCCCGUUGGUCCUGCCCUUUAUGAUGAACUGGAUGAAGAAGAGCUCAACAAAUGGAAACGCUGGGAAACAACGCAACAGGACGGCAUCUGGAAACUAGGUGAUAAACCCUUAUUGCCUAUGAGGUAUGUCCUUCCUCUAACUCGCUGGAUUCACGAUCGUACUCAUGGGGGGCCUGAAGCUGUAGCUUCUAAAAUCCAACAGUUGUGGGCAGCGCCUGGAGUUUACAGUGCUGCGAAACGCCUGACUGACUCUUGUACUCUUUGCAAGAAAUAUGGGGUCACAAAGGUCACAACAGUCCCUGGCAAGCGGCCGCCUGCUUACUUUCCUUUCCAGAAACUGCAAAUUGAUUUCGCAGAACUCCCCCCUUCUAUGGGAUAUAAGUACAUUCUUGUUAUUGUUGAUCAACUUUCGCACUGGGUGGAAGCCUUUCCUACUCACAAGAACGAUUCGAAAAUUGUGGUUAAGACCCUGCUUCGUGAUAUCAUUCCGAGGCUGCCUUUCACACGCCCUACCAUCCACAAUCUUCCGGACAGGUAGAGCGGAUGAAUCGCACUAUUAAAGAUCGUUUGGCAAAAGUCACUGCAGACACAGGUCUCAAAUGGCCUGAAGCACUACCGCUUGUUUUAUGGGAUCUUCGUACAACUCCUCAUGCUACUACUAAACUCAGCC